GUCGAAAAUAAAAAGUUUUAUAAUUAUACAAAAUGCAGACGAAAAUAGUUCUUCUCUGCUUUCAAGCAUUUUUGGUGCAGAGCAUUUAUUGCCAAUGUAUUGGCAAUAUUUAUAAUGAUGGAUUAGGGUGGGAUGCAGCUGGUCUCUAUGGUCCAACAGCUUGGAAUGCUCCUCUUGCUGCUGCUACUUGGGCUGCUGGUCCUUUAGCAACACCUUGUGCUACUGAAUGGGCGGCUGGUUACGCUCCAGCUACACUUGCUGCAUCAAACGGUGGAGGUCUAGCAGUGACUAGCUUUUCUCCUAUAUCAGUUACUGGUGUAAAAAUGACAUCAGAAAAUGCUUACGAAGGUGGUCUAGCUGUGACUGGUACGUUACCAUUCUUGGGAGCUGUAGCCUUGGAAGGUGCUUUACCAACAGCUGGGACUGGUGAUGUUAGAUAUGGUUGUGGAAACGGUAACGUUGCUAUGCUGAGUGAGGAUGUUACUGGCUACAAUACUUUAGCUGCUCCAUAUGGCUAUGGGCCAGGUCCAGAAUUUGGUUAUAGUUACGGUCCUCUAGCUUAUGAAGCAGGUGUUGCUGGACCAUAUGGCUACAAUGGUUAUAGAGAAUGUGAAGGAUGCUAAAUAUUUUUCAAUUUUAUUCAAUGAAACAACAGAUAUCACAUUACAUAUAACACAGCUGUACUUAUCAUUCAGAUAUCUUCAAAAUGGUAUCGUAAAGGAAGAUUUUGUAACUUUCUGUGAUACGCUUAGAAGUGAUCAAAUGGCUAACAAUACAGACGAUACGGAGCGACGGUUUUCGGGUGUAGCGCUGGCGAAAAUCGUUGAAAACAUCUGUCUCAAAUUCGACAUAGAUUUAACAUUGUGUGUAGGUAUUGGAACCAACACCUGCGCGGCCUUGGCUUCAGAAAUAAAAGUUGCAAUACAAGAAUUGUCAAAAAAAGCUGCACAUGCCAAAAGCUGUCCUUUCAGCAACCACGUUCUUAAUAGCUCGCUAGCUACAUCAUGCAAACUAAUUUCUUGCCGCAAUGCUUCGGAGACUAUGAGAAAAGUUAUAGCAUUUAUCAAUACAUCCACUCAGAUGCACAAAAUCUUUGAAAAAGAACUUGGAGUUAUAAUGCAAGGUAUAUGUGAGACGCGUUGGGUAGAAAGGUACGAUGGGCAUCAACUAUUUCAAGGAGACAACUUGGUGAAAAUUUGUAGCACUCUGGAAAAGAUUUCUACUUGGCAAGACAACAAAAUUGCUAAUGAUGCGCAUUGCUUACUGCAAACACUGUGCAGCCCAGAUUUCAUUAUGUCAUCUAUCUGUUUGAGUGAUGUUUUAGAUACAACUGUAUCCUUGAGCAAAUUAUUGCAAAUGGACUCAAUUGAUUUAAAAAGGAUUACGAACGCUAUAGAUGAUGCACUGUGUGUCUUACGACGAAAAAGGGUACAGGCUGAAACAGUUUUCCGACAACUUUUUGAAGAAGCAAAAGAAAUAGUUAAGCAACUAGGCGUAGAAAUUAAAUGCCCUAUAAAAGUGUCAAGAGAAACACAAAGAGCAAACCACCAACCUACUCAAUCAGCUGAAGAGUAUUUCCGAAAAGCCGUGUUCAUUCCUCUUCUAGAAUCUGUAAUAAAUGAGCUACAAGACCGCCUGUCUCCUGAAGAACUUAAUUUCCUUAACCUUGGCGUUUUUGUUCCAAAGGUCAAUUAUACUUACACUAAUAAGGACAUUGAAAAUGUUAAACAAAUCGCAAAUCAUUAUAAACUACUAAUAGAUAACACUGCAGUUUCAGUCAUUAUAAACGAAUAUCAGCUGUGGAUGGUAAAAUGGCAGCGGAAUAAAAAUAUUCCGCAGUCGAUUUCUAAUCUUAUAGAAAAUUGUGAUGCUGAAAUUUAUACUAACGUUAGAAGAUUCUUAUGUAUACUUGCUACACUACCGGUUAGCGUAGUGACGGCAAAAAGGCCAGUUUCUAAGCUCAGGAGGCUCGAAACUUGGCUUAGUAUGACAAAGGCAGAAGAUCGCCUCACUGGACUAGCACUGCUCUACGUCCACAAAAACAUACCCAUU